ACUUUAUCAGCCACGAAAUGCAGUGAUAGGAAUAGAAGUAGCGAAACCGAGAUGGAGAUCAAUGAUUACAUGAGGGACCUCUCCAGCCAGUCGGUCUAUGUCCUUGACAAGGUGAAGGAUGGUGUGAAAUCUCAGCGUGACAGUCCUAUGGAUUUGCAGAGUCUUGAACCAUAUGAACCAGGACUUCGAUCAAAUAACAGGUCUCUAGUGUUCUGUGGCAAGAGGGCUGCUCCAAUCUAUACUCAAGUCCUAACGCUGAGACAACUUUGCCAGAAAGUUUUGUAUGAUCAUAUAGAUUGUGUUGAACAUGUUGGCCUGGCUCCAUACGACCUGAUGGAACCAAUCCUGAAGAAAUGCACAGCUGAGCAGUUGGAAAAAUUCGAAUUUUACAAUCAGCAUAUGAUAUCUGAGACGGACGACCUGUGGAUGCACCACUGUAAGAGGACCUUCCCCAAUAAGAGGCUGGAUGAAAUGGAGACUUGGAGAGAAGUCUACAUGGAUGGUCAGCAAGAAAGAAAAGCCAAGCUGGAGAAAUGCGUUGAACUAAUCGGUGCCUCCAGUGCAAAAGUGAAGAACGAAGUGAAUAAAGUGAAGUUCAUUGACGCAUGCAUCGUGCCGACAAGAAGAAGAGGUGGCUGGGGUGGUCAGCAGUCAUCUGCAUCCAAUGGAAACACGCAUUUUAACGGCGGGAGACCCAAACAGGGCACCUCGCUUGCCUCAUCUAAAGGUGGUCAAAAACAGAUGGGACAUCUAAUGAAGAAAACCUUGCAGAUGAUUGGCGGUGCUAAAAGGAGAUAAUUGAAUAAUCACCUCCUUUGGCAAUCACCUGAUGAAAUGGUGAGAGAGUGAGAGAGAGAGAGGGAGAGAGUUAUUGUGGAAUAAAGACAAGGUGACAAAACUAAGGGAGAAACUAACUGGUUGAAUGAAAGCAUUUUGGAAACAAAAACAUUUUAACCCGCUAUUUAUUUUUGUCAUAUACAAUCAUAAUUAUGUUUCAAUCUGUUUGUUAACCAUUGUUUUAUGAUUGCCCUUAAUGUAUUCUAGUGUUUUCCGAUCAUUUGUUAAAAUAAUCGCGACCAUUGUAAGUGCACACACACACAUACGUUCACACACAC